GAUAUUGUCUUAGGAGGUGGUACGAGUGGGGUGGGAUUCCCUGCUGCUGGAGUCUGCACUGGCUGCUGCCUAGUGUGGGGAGGAAGGAGCCUGGUGAGGCCAGAAGGAUCAUCGGGGCGGACGGGGUGGGGGCCGGAGUCUGCCGCGGCAUCCGAACCCGGGAGCUUGUUGGGAUGGACAUGCCAGUCGCUGCGCUAGGAUCCCAGCCUCCCUUGGGCUCAGGCAGCAGCCUUGGCUGAGUGGACACCAGUGAGCCCAGCCGGGCAGCCUGCAAGCGGCAGCCCCGCUCUCUGGAGAAGGAGUCGGGUCCCUCUGCGGUCCGGGAGAUCUGGCACCUGGCGGCGAGAGGACCAGCUGUUUCCUUCGCCCAAAGGGAAGGCACGGAAGCCGGCAGAGGAGAAAACUGGGGCCGAGUCACUUUCCUGGCGGAGCGGAGGAUCGCGGAGAGGGCUGGCCUGGGAGGCUGAGCAGUGCAGCAGCAGCAGCAGCAGGAGUCCCCCCUCUGGGCAGCAGGGAGCCACUGACAGCUCCGAGCUCCUCCGCGGCUCCAGCCAAAGCGGUGUGGGCAGCUGCUGCCUGCUCCUCCUCCUCCUCCUCCUCGCGUGGGCCUUCCCCACAUGGGGCCGUCACCUGCAGGCGCUCCUGCUCCUGAUGGCGCCGAGGAGAACAGAACCAUGCUGUCUGCAACCUGAGGUGCUGGUCGCCAAGAUCUGGGCUCAGGAUGAAGGUGGUCUCUUACCUGGCGUCACACACAGACUGGAGAGUCUGAUCACGCCCCAGAGGCAUUAGGCAAGGGGUCGCUGGCCUCCCCCCUUGUGGACUGGAGUCUUCCCAUCACCCCGCCUUGCAGGGCCUCUGCUGCUGGGGAGUUACUAUGCAGCUUGGACUCUUUCUGGUGGUGGUUUGUCUAAGUUUGCUGGAUCUCACAGGCGGCGGCAGCAGCAGCAGUGGCAGCAGCCGGGCACAGAAGGGCAAGAGGCAAAGGCGAAUCAGCACAGAAAUGAGCCAGGGCUGUGCCAAAGGGUGUGACCUCUGCUCCGAAUUCAACGGGUGCCUCCGGUGCUCACCCAAACUCUUCAUCCUCCUGGAGCGCAACGACAUCCGCCAGAUUGGCAUCUGCUUGCCCUCUUGCCCGCUGGGUUACUUUGGCAUACGCAAUCCAGACAUGAACAAGUGCAUCAAAUGCAAAAUUGAAAAUUGUGAGGACUGCUUUAGCCGAAACUUUUGCACGAAGUGCAGAGAAGGCUUGUACUUGCACAAAGGAAGAUGUUAUGCCAGCUGCCCAGAAAGCUACUCUGCUGCCAAUGGCACUACGGAAUGCAGCAGUCCUGCACAAUGUGAAAUGAGCACGUGGGGCCCCUGGGGAGCAUGCUCUAAGAAAAGGAAGCUGUGUGGCUUCAGGAGGGGAAACCAAGAGCGCACCCGGAAGAUCCUGCAGCCGGUGCCCCCUGGGGAUGUGUCCAUGUGUCCCGCCACCAUUGAGCUCCGGAGAUGCACGGUGCCCAGGAGCCAGUGCCCAGAAGGACGGAAAAAGAAAAAGGACGGACAAGGCAAACAAGACGGCACGAAUGAGGACAGGCACAGGAAGGAAACCAAAGAUGGCAGGUCUCGCGUCAAGAGAAGGAAAGGCCAGCCCAGGGCGACAGCUGUGCCGGUGACCUCUGCUCCCUAACUGGCCCUUCACGGCUGCGAGAUCAUGGCAGUUCUGCAUUGCUGCGAUGUAUAUGAAAGCUUUAUCCUAGAACCAGAACACGGCACCACCAAGACCUGGCUGGGCAGACUCUUAAGACACACAAUUGCAGGCUGUUUGGGCUGGGAGUGCGGCAAGGGGCCCCCAGAGGCGACCCCCAAGCCGGGGCCCUCCCCUUUCUGAGUAGGGGCAGGAGGCGGUGCCCUUCUCCAAGGAGGGCCAGGGAAGCUGGCCUGGGAAUGGCACAAAGCAGCUUCCAGAGCAAAGGAUGGGACUGGAAGGAGCUUGCUCCAGAUAUCUGGCACGGCACAAAGAGGGCGGCCUUCUUCUUUCAAGCCGCCCCUUCGGUGUUUCAGGUGGUCUCCUUGAGAAUAUAUGUUAAGUGUUUGUGAUAAAUGUUCAGGGACGGUUGCCCUGAAAUGGCUUCCACCUUUCCGAUUAAAAAACAAAAGCAGACCAACCCAAACAGUCCCCGUGUUCCU